AUGAUGGAGAUUUUAUUCUACGGAGGAGUGCCCUAUGGCUUCGGGUUCUUGCAGUACAUUUUCGAGAAAGAAGGGGUGUUUUGGAAAGAACUUUGCUACGACGAAAAUAACCCUGAACACGUGGCCAACUGCAAAGUGCAGGAAAGUGGACUCGUUUGUGAGUCGAAUCUAACAUCUACACCUUGUUUAAGGUCUGAAGCCGAGUUCAACUCUAUCUACACUUAUUUUCUGCUGACGUCGUCCAUUACGCCACUGAUAUUGAGCGAGAUACUAAACAAGUACGGACUCUUCAUAUUCCGCUUAUUGAGCGCGACAUUCACCACAGCAGGACUUGUAACGCUUUGUUUUUAUGAGUCGAAUCCCUAUCUUUUGUGGGUAAGCUGGCAACUCCUUGGCGUUUCUGCAGUUUCGCCUAUAUAUUCGAAUAUACGCGAACUUUGCCCUUUGUUUCCAGCAAUAAAAUCGCUCUCGCUCGGAUUAAUAAAUGGAUUUUUCGACGCAUCUGGUGGUAUGUAUCUCGUCUUCAAACUUAUCUACGACUCGAGCCCCUCUGUGUCUGUGCCGACGAUGAUCACUGUCUAUACUGCGGGCUCUUCUCUCCUCUGGAUAAAAUCUUUCUUUUUUUCGCCUAGAUACUUUAUAACUGGUGACAAAACAAACUCCGUUUUCAAAGAAUCUUUCAUCGGGAGUGUAUGCAAGAAGCAUGUCGAUAUUAACCCUGGCAAAGAAGACGAAAAUAACCAAAAGGAAGAACCUCCAACCUUGAUGGAGUACAAAAAAUCGCUAUUGUCCCUGAAUUUCCUGACUUUCCUGCUUUAUUCAAUAUUUUUAACAAUUCGUACCAAUUCAUUUCCGAUUUGGUGUUUGCCAUGGCUGAAGUGGACGUUUCGAGAAUAUCCAGAAGAAAGACGAGAUCAGCUUGUCUCUCAAAACAUGGACAUCUAUGGGAUCAUGUACUUUGCUAGCAUACUCUUAUGUCCGAUUCCAGGGAUGGUAACGAAGUGGAUUCAGAAAUGCUCUAGUAGAAAAGACUCCUCAGAAGAAGAGGAUGAGAAGAAAGGCGAGUAUUAUAGUCUUCUUGUCUUUCUAGGGUUCGCAGCCGUUGCCUGCACCGCAUUAUCAGCUCAGAUGUGCAUGACGGGGUCUCAACCGAACGCGACUUCUGCAGUCAUCGAGUUCUCCAUGAUCCGGACAAUAUUUUACAUCACUAGGGGAGUUUACGUUUUCCAAUUUUUCCCGGAGUCCCAUUUUGGCUUUCUUUACGCCAUCAUAUCUGUUGUGGUUGGAACUCUUCAAUUUAUAAUCGAUCCGCUGUUCAAGUUGAUACAGAAUAAUGGUGAAGUCGAUUUUAUCCCAGUAUCGGCGGCGAUGGCCGUAGCCUGUGGUCUCUGCCUUCUUCAACCGUUGUACAACUGGUGUAUUCGUGAUGCGUACAUCACGACUAAUAGAAGAACGAAAAAAGAAGAAGAGGAAAUAACAUCUAUGUGA